AUCCUAAUUUAGUAAAUAAACAUUUUAAACAUAAAUAUACGGUGCAGCUUGGCAGCUCGCCAUUGUUACGAGUUCAUCGUAUUCAGUGCUAAUUAUAAGUUUUCAAUUAGGCAUUUUUGCCAGCUGUCCUUCGGUGUGGGGGUGUAAUCUUCUUCUUCAUUCAAUCGGUUCUGCAAAUCAAUAAAAUCAGAGGCUGACAAUGGUUCGUCGAAGAGGUAAGAGAAAGACUGCUAGUUCCAGUAAAACUCUUGUGAAUGAAGAUGCGGAAAUUGCUUUAGCUGUGGUACAGACUUCUGAUUCACUGCCAGUGAAUGUCGAAGAAGAAAAGACGGAUGCUCAAUCCGAAGAUAAAGUAGAAAUAGCUGGCGAAGAAGAAAGUGAAAAAAUAACAGAUGUAGACAGUGAUGCUAUAGAUGAAAUAGUUGCAGAAAUAAAUGGUGAUAAUAAGGCAGAACCAGAGCAGAGUACGUCUGAGAACGAUGAACUUGAUGAUCAAGAAGACGUUAUGUGGGAUGAUGAUGAAGACAAUUAUGAAGAAGACGUUGCUUUUGAUGCGGAUGAAGUUACUGAGGAAGGGGCAACAGACGAAGAAAAUGAUGAUGUGGAUGAGGUUGGUGAGGAAGAGGCAACAGACGACGAAGAAGAUGGUGACAUGGAUGAUGUCAGUGAAGAAGAAGAAGCUAAUAAAAAAAAUACCCAAGAAGAGAAAGAAAUUGCAAAAGGGAAUGGAAAAGAAGCCGAAGCAAAAAAAGAUGGAAAGGAAGCGAAAGAGCAUAAUAAUACAAAGAAAUCGGAAGUUAGUUUGAGAAACGUCAAGAAAUCAAGUGAAAGAAUUGGAAAGAAUAAGUUGCAAGCAGAGAGGUCGGAGAAAGUGGAGGCUAAGGAUAAGCCUGAACCAUCACGUAAGACAAAAGUGAAGAAGAGAAUGAAGAGCAUGGGAAUGAUCUUCAUUUGUAGUUCGAAGACGAAGAAUGAUUGCUAUCAGUAUAGGGUUCUUGGUCUGCCGGAAAGCAAGAAAGAUAUUGUGGAAAAUAUUUAUACCGGGAUGCGACUGUUUUUAUACGAUGUUGAUCUAAAAUUGAUGUAUGGCAUUUAUAAAGCUGCGGGACCUGGAGGUUACAACAUCGAACCCAAGGCCUUCAAAUCGCAGUUUCCAUCUCAGGUUCGAUUUACUGUUCUGGAUGAUUGCUUGCCACUGCCGGAGGAGAAAUUCAAGAAAGUCAUGAAGGAGAACUACUACACAAAGACCAAGUUCGAUUGCCAACUCAAUUCAGAACAGGUUAAGAAGUUGUGCAAGCUGUUUGUCACUUCAACCAAAGGGAACCGAACGAAAAAGUUAGGCAAGACCCUCAAAGCAGAAAAACCUCCACCUACACUCCGACGAGAGAGAAUUCCAAGGCCAAGAACAGGCGGCGAUGGGCCCCGCAUUGCACCGAGGGAGGAAAUCCGUUACAUAGAGCGUCCACGUAAGCGCCCGAGGAGGGCAAUUAUUAGCCCAUUACACCACCCACCAUCUUCGUAUCUCUACGACAAGAGGACUGCUGAUGUGGAUACUUCUUACAGGCAAGAUCCAUAUCUAGACCGUCCAAGAGAUAGACGCGAUCCUUACAGAGAUUCUGUGCGUGAUUCUCCUCCACCAAGAGAUCAUCAUUAUAGAGACAGACGCGAUCCGUAUGUAGAGAGGCGCCACUAUAGUUAUAGAGAAGGUGCGGGUGUGGAUCCAUAUCUAGAUGGGCGGAGCCCGUAUGCAGUGGAGGCCCGUGAUUCGUAUAGAGACGCUCGAGAUCCGGUUUAUCCCAAACGAACCGAUUCUUACAGAGACGUGCGGGACCCAUAUGCAGUGGAGCCUCGUGAUUCUAAUAGAGACGCUCGAGAUCCAGUUUAUCCAAAACGACUUGAUUCGUACAGAAACGGGCGGGGACCGUAUGCAGUGGAGCCCCGUGAUUCUUACAGAGAUGCUCGAGAUCAUCCGAUUUAUCCAAAACGACACGAUUCUUACAGAGAUUUGGGUCGGGAUUCGUAUUUGGAGCGGAAUUCCGAUUUGGAGCGGGGUGGUCUCUACAGUUCGGAACCGUACAGUUCUUACAGGAGGGAGCCUAUACCGUUUUACAGAGAAGAACCGGUGGUUGAGUACCGUGAUUCUUAUAGGCGGGAAGAAGUUUAUGCUCCGUUGAGUACAAUUAGGCAUCGUAGCGACAUUGGAAGUUUAAAACGGGAAAGGCAUGAACCUAUUUAUUCUGCAGACUAUCCUUCUUCUUCUUCGAGGGCACGUGAGUAUCGUCUUUAGGUUGCCAUUUUUCGAGACUGGUCUUUAAUAAUGUUGUUAUUUUAUUUUAUUUAUGGUUGCUACUUUUAUCAUGGCACUUGUGUCUGCUAUAUCUGGACAGUGCUUGUUCAUUAUGGCUGCUGCACAACACUUGUGUCAAAUAAAACCUGAUUAUUUUUAAAAGACAAAAUAAUCUCGUGUUUUUUUCUUGUAAUAUAUAAGACUGUAAAAAGUAGUUAAAACGGUUAUGGCGGUUGCUUCCAUAAUCAUGUAAUAGCAAUCAUGUUAAGUUUUGUGUUUAUCAAAAGGGUUUGAAAUCAU